AUGUCGGACCAUGAUGAGCCGACAACAUCGAUGGCGUCUCAGGAGGUUAAAGUGAUACAAAUUCCGUUGAAUUUUCCCAUGCUACCGCAGCUGGCCAUGACAGGUAAUCAGGCAACGAAUUGGAAAAGGUUUUAUCGCUCGUGGAACAACUACGAAAUAGCAGCACGUCUGAGAGAUCCGAAUAAUCCUAGUACAAAUAAAGAACUAAGAACAGCCACUCUGUUGACGUGCAUUGGAGCUGAUGCUCUUGAUGUGUUUGACGGACUGGACUUUGCGAAUGAAGACGAGAGAAACAACAUCGAUAUUGUCGUAAGCAAGUUGGAAAAGUAUUUUAUUGGAGAGACAAAUGAGACGUACGAACGGUAUUGUUUUGAUAAAAGAGAUCAAAAGUCACACGAAACGGUUGAUGCUUACUUCGCAGCCCUUCGUACUUUAGCCAAGACUUGCAACUUUGGUAAUUUGGAAGACAACUUGAUAAGAGUUCGUAUUAUCAUGGGUAUUAAGGACAACGCCACACGAAAGAAAUUAUUGGAAGUCUCAAAGCUUACCCUGCAACAAAGUAUAGAUACAGUUGGGUCUUGUGAAAAGACGGCGAAGCUACUCGAAUCGAUUAAAAAUGAAGGUGAGCAAGUGUUGGCUGUUGGAAAAGAACAGUACAAAGAGCAAAGGAAGCGAGUCGAGAAAAGAGAUGAAAAGUGUUAAUCAAGUGUAAAUUUUGCAACAAAUCUCAUCCCAGACGUAAGUUCAAAUGCCUAGCCUGGGGAAAAGCAUGCUGAUUGUGUGAAAGAAAGAAUCAUUUCGCUGUCGUCUGUAAUGCUCAACGAAGACCAUUUAGCCAACGAAAGUCAGUCAACGAUGAUACAGAAUCAUCAGAGGGAGAAUAUAUAGCUCUGGUGGAGACCAAAGAAGAGGUAGGUGCAGUUAACUCUGAUAAAUACACCUACAAACAAAGUGCCCCCUUGAUGAUUAAUUAAUAAAAACCUAGAAAAUUUUCAACUUGACAGUGGAGCCACAGUAAAUGUAUUAUCUAAAAGGACACUGGCAGGUUGUUUUCGAAAGCCUAUUGGGAAGAAGCUGGUGAAAACAAACACAAGCCUUGUAAUGUACAAUGGGUACGAAGUGAAGUCUAUUGGAAAGACAAGGAUUCAAGUUAUUAAUCCUAAGAAUAACAAGAAAUACAGUGUAGAGUUUAUGGUAGUGGAAGAGAAUUGCAAGUCCAUACUCGGGGCUAAAGCUAGUCAACUCAUGAACUUACUUGCAGUUAACAAAGAGAACAUUUUUACUACCGAGUCAAAUGUCAAAGAUGUAUACCCAAGUUUAUCACCAAUCAGCAUCUCAUUGAGGAGUAUCCAGCAUUGUUCCAGGGUCAAGGAACUUUACCGGGCACAUUGCAUCUGGAGAUUGAUGAAUCCAUCUCCCCAGUCCAGCUCCCAACACGAAGGAUUUCACUGGCUGUGAAAGAUAAACUCAAAGCAGAGCUCAACCGACUAGUCGAUAUGAACGUCAUAGCUCCUGUAGAUACACCGACGACCUGGAUAUCGGCUAUUGUGGUUACAUUCAAGAAGAAUGGUGACAUCCGAUUGUGUAUUGACCCAAAGCCAUUAAAUAAGGCUCUCAAGCGUAACCGCUACCCUUCACCCACCAUUGACGAUAUCCUACCGUAUUUAGCCCAGGCUCGCUGUUUCGCAGUCCUUGAUGCCAAGAACGGGUUUUGGCAUGUCCGUCUUGAUGAGCCCAGUUCCUAUGCAACAACUUUUGGCACUCCGUGGGGUCGGUACCGGUGGCUGCGCAUGCCCUUUGGCAUAUCACCCGCACCCGAAGAGUUUUCAAAGUCGUGUGAAUGACAUCUUGUUGGGUCUCCCUGGAAUCAAAGUCUUUUCAAAUGACAUUCUUGUUUAUGGCAGUGGUACAACCGAUGAAGAAGCUUAUCUAGACCACGACAAGAACCUCAAGGGUUUGAUGGAACGAUGCAGAGAGAAGGGUCUCAAGCUGAACCCUGACAAGAUCCAACUUCAACUCAAGGAGGUAAGCUACAUGGGCCAUCGUAUUACAUCGAAUGGACUAAAGAUUGACCCCGAGAAAACGAAGGCCAUCCGAGAAUUCAUAUGGGAGGAACAUGUGCAUGGGAAAGCGUUGGAUGAAAUCCGGUAG